AUGCUUACACUGCUAUUUUUAGAGGCACUUGCAAUAAUUUUAUGGAUGUAUUUCCUAUGGAGACGAAGAAGAUUUUACAUUAUGAUGCUACAGUUGCCUGGACCAAUGGGACUUCCCUUUGUCGGACUUGCAUUCGACUACAUUCGCCUUAAACGAAAGAUUCGCCUGCGUACCAUUUUAUUUAAAAUGUAUGGAAAGACGGUAUUGACUUGGAUUGGCAUAACACCAGUCCUGGUCACCUGUGAACCGAAGAUCCUUGAGGACAUUUUUAUGUCUCCCCAUUGCAACAACAGGAGUUCUGUUGUGGACAAGGCCAUUUCAUCAUGCUUAGGACUGGGGCUUUUAACUCUGAAGGAUAAUCAUUGGAAUGAACGGCGAAAACUUUUGUCACCAUCGUUUAAGAAUAAUGCUGUUCUACGUUUUGUGCCAGUUUUGAACAUUGAAUCGAAUUACUUGGUGACCUUACUGGGUGAAUUUGUAGAUCGGGGAGAGUUGAACUUACUUCCAGAACUUAAUAAAUGGUCAUUCAAAAUAGCUGCUCAAAUCACUAUGGGCGAUGAAGUGAGAAAUCAAGCCAACUACAAGAACGGAAAUCUGUUGGAAAGCUUCAAGGCACUCAACAACCUAAUACCCAUUGGAGUUGUGAUGCCUUGGCUCAGGAACAAGUAUCUUGGAAAGCUAUUUAGCUAUGAAAAACGACGUGAGGAGGCCACAACGCAAUCAAAUGCCUUUAUUAGAGACAUAAUUGACAAAAAGUUGAAUGGCAGCACGGAAACUAGCUCAGAACCAGCACUAAUUGAUCGCAUUCUCGACCUUGUCAGAAUCGGGGCGAAUCUUGAGAAAUUAGUGCAAUUGGAUCAAGUUCUGCAUGAGACAAUGCGUUUGAUACCGGCCGUUCCGCUCUUGAUAAGACAAACUUCCCAGGACAUUCAACUAUCAAACGGAUAUAAAAUUCCAGAAGGCGUAACCCUAAUGAUAGACAUAUUUCACACCCAUCGCAAUAAGGAUAUCUGGGGACCUCAGGCUAAUGCAUUUAAUCCCGAUAACUUUCUGCCUGAAAAUAAGCGAGCAAGGCAACCUUAUGCAUAUUUACCUUUUUCAAAGGGGAAGAAAACAUGCCUAGGCUGGAAGCUUUCGCUUAUAUCCGCAAAGCUAGCUCUAGCUAAAAUAUUACGAAAUUAUGUGCUGAGUACAACCUUUUUGUAUAAGGACCUUCAGUUUAUAGACAAUACCACAAUGAAGCUGGCUGUGCAACCAUCACUAGCAGUAAAUCGUAGAGUAUAA